GCAGAUCUGGUCCACGGUAUAUCAUGAGGGGAAUUCAGCAUUCUCAUUCUCAUUCUCAUCACACGAGACAGUACGAAAAUCCUUUACUAUACUAGCACUUUGGCACAGCACAUAGUAAUUCUUACUUUGGGGAGCUCGUAUACUUUACGGGAGCAACGGCGCUGGAAAGCCGGGCCGGAGAUGGAUCUGCCUUUGGAAUAACGGGCUUGGCCUUUCCUCGGGGGGGGGGGCCUCUUCCGCGAUCCAUAAUCCAUUCCCAUCUGUGUAAGCUGAGGAGGAGCUCUUUUGUUUGUCAGUAAGUCAGAUCACGGGUCUCGACUCUUCAGCUCUUGAGUCAGCGGAGACGGGAAGCAGGGGAAAACCUGGUACGCAUGCCUGAAAUGCGUGCUCCCCUCUUUCAGACCUCUCGCGCUCUCUCUGAGUUAGACAGAGGCUAGGCACGGGAAGAAGUGGAUAGGAAACAUGGGAACACUCGGAUUCCCGUCGGGGGCCCGUAUGAGAUGCUACGCUGAUCGGUAUGACCAGCCCAGUUCAGCUCAGGGUAGGGCAGGACAGGACAGGGCCAGGCAAAAGAGACAGGACGAACGAAGUAACUUGCGAUGCCGUAUGACGAAAGGACUGCAGAUGUCGGGUAUGCAGUUGAAUUGGCCCUGCACAUUGGUGUAAAUGAGAUGAGACGAGACGAUGCUACGAGCUGCACACACUAUUCGUUCACUGUCCAAUACUGCACCGUUUUCUUAAUCUGGGAUGCAUAUGUAUAGUAGAGAUGAUGAUGAACACUCUGUCUCUCAUCAUGGCGGAGACUCUACUUGCAUCCGCUUCAGACACUGCAAGGGCAAUGAUGGUGAAAUCUUAUGUGCCUCUUGUACUGACUGUACUCUGGCAUCUUCCGUUCGGUUAGCAGACAAGGGAUUCGAGGUAUUGCGUAUCGCGUUAGUAACUCGGGCUCGCUUCAUCCAUUUCGACUAACCAGGUGCCUAGGCUGAGUUACGACACAAUCGCCAAAGUGAGAGCAGAACAGAAAGAAACGAAAAAAAAAAAAAAACGAUAUAUCACCAAACUGGAAGAAAAAAAACCCUGCCCAGCCCAUCUCAGCUGUCUUACCAGCCUUCAGCAGUGUGUGAGUUUACAUUACAUUACAAGACGGGGGGCGUGUAAUGCUACCGCACCGAUAGGUCUAACCCUGGACUGAUUGACAGUGGGGAACAGACCUAAGAAGAAAAAAGUCAGAUCUAUGAACGAACACCAACGCCAACGCCAACGCCAACGCCAACGCCAGCACCAGCGCCAGCGCCAGCGCCAAACAGCCUCUCCCUCCAAUGGCUCCCUCCACUGAGAGGCCCCUGUCCCCUGAUGAGAGUGGUCCCCUCUGUUCCUAGAUUUGAUUUCUUGGGAGGAUCGCUGGGUCGCUCCCCGGGAAGAUCGCCCGGCACUAGGGACGCUUCGAGAGCUGACACCAACUGGCUCAAGGCAUUGCGCGCUCUUAUCUGAGGUGUCUAAGCUACCUUACCUUAGGUAUUCUACCUCAGGUACCUAUUCUAGCUAUUGUAGCGAGCGAUAAAUGGACGCGGGCCCCGCAGCUACCGUCCCGAGCCUCGCGUUAGUGCUCGCACCACACAGUUGCGCGAUGCACUAACUGAACACUCUCCCAGGACAUUCAUUCCCUUUGUUAUGACUUCAGUGUCCCAGGUUCCCUUAUCACGUCUGGGAACGCGUUCAGGUCGCGUUUUUACUGGGGCUACCUACUAAGGGAGCAUGAGUAUAGUAUGCCUCGGGUUGGCUUGAUGAGCCAAGCAGAGCUAAGAUGGGGUAGUUAGUGAGAGGGGUUAUUCGAGUCUACUGUACUCAACUCGAUUUGACUUGACUUGACCCCUCCAUCCUAAUGAGGAAUAAUUCAAUGCCCGACGGCGGAUAAUAAACUCGGAGACAUUGAGAUGAAGAAUUCGAGGGCAGCCUCGCACUAUUGGCUAUAUUGCCUUCUCCUUGAUCCAAGGAGUUGCUUAAGGAGUUUCAACUCUAUCAAUAGAGUCAAUUCAGGUGACUUCGGUCCUGUUUCUCAGUUCCAUUCUCAGGGUCAACCGAGUCCCCCUCUCGGCACAAUUACAUACAAUCACCACUGGCAAGCGAGGCGGAUGCCCUUUGUUCCGUUCUCUUGUCAGUGUCUGUCAGUUUGGCAAGUCUCUAUUAUCUCUUUUGUCAUAUUGAGAACCGUGCGCGGCUACCAUGAAUAGGUUGUUUUAGUGCACAAACUUGACAGACAAGGCAUUUCCUUUCCUGUUACGAUAGGCGAAGCAGGGGUUCUAACCAGUUUGACUGACCAUGACCACGAGCACGCUCACCUGUCAGUAGGAACUUAAUUUGUAUUCUAUGCAUAUGAGCUGUAAGGAUAGAUACCGUGGUUGCUCCGCUACCAUCCGACAUCUCCAUUUUCUCGAGGUCAGACUCGAGCCCUUUUUCCCCAUCAUGAUGGAUAUUUGAGUUUAGCCGCUCUGACGUUACAUUCUUCUUUGGGUCUGGUCUGGCCUGGCAUGGCUGAGUUACCCAGCACCCGGCACCUUUUACACCUUAACAAUUGCCGAUGCCACCCUUGCAAAGCUGCAAUGCGACUCUGCAGUCUGCAGCUCUACUGUGCAGUGCAGUACAUACGUACACUACAGUGAAGUUGGUGUUGCAUCCGCAGCAGACCUUCCGAUGGUUGGAGUGGAUGGAUGGAUGUGCAGGGCCAACAGAGCUUCUUCUUCUUCUUCCUGUCCAAUGACAUCACAAGGAGCGCUCCUCUGACGGAAUUCUUCUCUAGGUAUGACCAGACAGACCAUGUUGUUGGUUUGCAGAGUCAGCAGCAUCAGCCGAAAAAAACCAACACUCUGAGACUUUAUCGGAUCAGGGUCCACGGAGGAGAAACUCUACUCGACCUACUCCUACAGUCUACUCCUACUCCUUACACUCACUCAUGCACUCUAUGCACUCAACUCUAUCCGUAAUGUGCGGAUACGAGCACACAGUUCCCGUGUUCUUGCAGUGAAUGCCCCAUCCAUCGCCAGGAACACCCGCAGGUCCCUUUCGUUUUGGGUGAGACCUGCACCACGCCUCGCCUGUGAUUGCUUCUCACGAAUAGGGCCAGAUUACCUUUCAAUCACUCUACAAGUACUCCUUUGCUAAACCUUCUCUCCUGCCGACCCACAUCUUCACUUUGACUCUUCGAGUGAGAGAUAUCCCACUAAUCGUUCCGCUCUCUUGUCUUGUCUUGUCUUGUCUUGUCUUGAACUCACUUGUCUCGACACUACUGUAUGCUCAGUCUCAAGGGAGUCGAGAUAUGGGGAAACCAAAAAGACCUUUCGGAUGGGGCAUGUUUCGCCCAAGAGGUAACACAUCUAGGCACGCUCAGGAACAUGAACCUUCUGAUGGUCUUGGCUUGGGUCCCCUCGACGCGACACUGUCUCACUGGACGGCCUUUCUGAGCGACAUUUCCACUCUCUCCCAUUCCAGGCCCCGAUCAUUCCUAGAGACGAUAUCCAUAACUGUCGGAGGCAAGAAAGCUAACAGUUUUUCCUGAGUGAGAAGAGACCGACCGAGAUGAGACGAUAUGGAUGGAUAGGAUGUACGUACUUACAGCCGUACAUCCUUACACUAGAUCUGGGGCACCCACACAGAGAGGUCCCACGCUCUGGGCGUGGCUUACCCAUACUCACCUUGACAUUGACAUUGACAGGUAGGCCCUGUCCUGUGGCACAUGUGCGAGAUGGAUAGAUUAUGGAGAUUGACAUGGAGGGCUGGCGUCAGUCAGUCCAGUCAGUGACACCUUUUUCUCACCCCGGGGGUUAUGUUCAUGCACCUCAUGCAGGGUCCGAUAUACUAUACUAGUAAUCACUCACUCACUCAACUUCGCCUCUAGUCUUUCAGGUAAUGGGAGAGUGAGAGUUGGAGUCGAUGCAUCACACACCCACACCCUUUUUUUUCUUUUCCCUGGGAUCCGCAGCAUGGUCAUGGCUCGGCGGCUGCAGGGGUGGCUUUAAAGCCGGUGCUUCGAGCGAGGAACCGUCCCAGAGUCAGGGACGUGGCUUAAUCACACACCCACCCAUCCUAGUCUAUACCUCACCCCCCAUAUGCCGACCCUUGGUUCAAGCAUAUUCUCGACUGCCAUUAUACGUGCCUUUGUUCUGAUUCUUCACUUUGUCCCUAUUCUCCGAGUCCUGCAUUACUCGAUGGCAGUGUAGUAUUUCUUCUUCUUUCACUUUCAUAAACUCAACUUCUCGAAUCAAGUUCCAAGUCUGUAUUGGUCUCUUUCUCUCUUCUCUUGCUGCUGUAAUAACUAGUCGGCAACUAGGCCAGCCAAGGGCGUCGAGGGCCCAGCGAAACAUCCCCAGGGACUCUUGAUCAUAACUGACACAACUUCAUCCUAAACAUUACACUCACUCUAUGCGAGCAAUAAACCCACUCGCUCAACUGUGGAUCUAUCACGCCUCUCCCGUCGCCCUACCUGGACCUGUUCCUCUUCAGAGCAGCGAUCUCGAUCGGAGCUGCUCGAGUUCUCUUGACCCUUGUUCGCAUUCUUGCCCUGGGGGUAUUGGAUCAUAGCUCUGUCUCGCGGGUUCCCUACUAGCUGCACCGGCUGUGUUCAAGGAUCUACGGGUGGUUGAGUUAACAGCUUGACUGUCUCAGGACCCGCAGCUCGAUGCUGCGUACCUCAUUCCACCUCACCUCUAUAUCUUCAAGGGCGUCCGUCCUCGAAAGAUGAAAAAACAUUCCCGAUCAGACUCACUCACCAGACUUUUGAACAACUUCACUCAACUCUUGAUUGUUCUUCAUAGCCUUUUGAGACCAACCUUGAACACUUUCACCCUUCAUUCAAGGUCAACUCAAGACAUCUUCACAUCUAUCUCAUCCCUUCCCCAUCCAUUCUCUCUUUAACACUCCUUGCUCUCAUAUAUUCAAGAUGCAGUUCGAGUCGGAUUACCGGUUCGACAUGGACGACUCCUUCAGCCUCUGCAGUCAGCCCAUGUCCUGCCCUUCCACCACCACCAGCUUCUCCUCCGCCUCAUCAGCCUACGACCCAUUCACCCCUACGUCUCGACGAUCAACACCUCAUGAAUUCGGCAACAUGGACUUUGAUGGUCCCUACAACUCUGUCUCCCACCGUGGGGCAGAGAUGACCCCUCCAUCAUCAGCAAUGGGCAAGUUCAUGUUUGGCCCUGUCAAGCCUGAGCCUGAGCACAUCUCAUUCUCCGACUCUCUCCCCAACACUCCCAUGAAGCGAGAGCAACUCGGCUUCGAGUAUGAGCACAUGAUGGACAUGAAUAUGGCACAUCACGGAUCAAUGGGCUCAUUAACACCAUCAAACUCCUUUGGCAUGUACUCGUAUUCUCCUGAUGCCUCAAUGGGUCCCGCCUCUUUCAUGAUGACACCCACCCAAAGUAUCUCUGGCUCUGAGGCUGCCGAGACCGGCUCAUCAUGGUCUUGUGCCAACGAUAGCCCUAUCUCCUUCUUCCCCAACAGACAACUCUCAGGUGACUUUGACGCUUUUGAUAUGGACCGCCACUCUCAGUCACCUCUUGGUUACCACCUUCAUGACCCCAACUCUCCCAACCGCAUGCGUGCUCAAAGGAAGUUGAUGGUGCAUGAGAUCCAGCAGAAGAGUGCUGAGCUUCAGCGAGCUCAGAUUCGAUCAUCGAGGAAGCGAUCGAUCAAGCCUGACUCUGCUCAAGUUGAUGUUGUCCGAAGAGCCAUGUGCAAGUGUGACUACCCUGGUUGCCACAAGGCCUUCCGACGAAACGAGCAUCUCAAGCGUCACAAGCAAACUUUCCACGGUGAAGGACCUAACCGUUUCUCAUGCGAGUUCUGUGGAAAGGACCAGUUCAACCGCCAAGAUAACCUCAACAACCACCGCAAGCUACACGCACGACCCAACAGCCGCAACCGCGGAGUUGAGUUUAUCCCUGCUGCAGUCCCUGUGAUUGAGCAAGAGGAGCGAAGCAGGAAGCGAAGAGCGCCCUCAAAGUCCAAGAUUGCUGAGAAGCGGGGCUCAGAAUACUAAGCUACAGACAGUCAUUGACUGCUUGGCAUUGCCUACUUUUGCUUUUACUGAUAGACACAUCUUGGCUCGGGUACCUUGCUUGAGAACUCCGUCAGUCGCCACUGGUGGAAUAACGAGAACAGGGAAGAGUCGAGUCCCAAAAAGGGCGCCACUUAUAUGAGACACGCAGAACAAGACCCAAGACCCGCGCUCAACUUGAUUGGGGCGAUACACACACGUUCAGUCAGACACACAUAUCCAAAACCUACUUACAUACUUUGUCUGUCUCGUCCACACACAUUCGCAUCUACACACUAUCAUCAUAUACGGAAAAGACGGAGCUGGAAAAAGAAAGGAAUUGCAGCAUUUUCUGCAGCCAGACCGUCCCAUGGUCGACGCCGCUGCAUUAGAGACUCAGGCAAGAGAGUUUUGGGAAGCAAACGAAAUUACAGGAGACACGAGAGUGUAAUGGUCUGUACGAUUACUAUGUCUGAAAGAAGAAGACGCGGAAAAGGAUUGCCUGACUUGACUUUACUUUACUUUUACUGUUACUGUUACUUGGGGGGGCAUUUGCAUGAUGGGAGUUGUUAUCACACAACUAGGUCCACUUCAAAGGUGCAAGGGCGUUUCUACUACUCUUGGGCGGAGGCUUUCUACUUUACUUUGUUCUUUUACUCACUCGGUGUUGAGGAAUCUUGUCGAAUUCGUUCUUACUUUACUUUUUGGUUAGCUAUUCUCUUCUCUUUUAUUACCCUUCACAUUCUGGACAACGAAUGGCUGGGACAAUACGGUGGCGACAUAGGAUUGGAGCAAAUAAUGAAACAAGAAAUUUCAACUAUCAAAUGAACACCUUCGUCAUGACUUUGCCCAUAAUGAUCUCCAAGUGACAUAUCGACUAGCAGAUUUUCUGUUUUGACCUGGCGCCGCUGGGACAUGGCUGGCCUGGCCAUAGUGGUGCCUGUUCGUGGAGAGACAAGACAGACAAAGCUGGAGAUUGCAUUACCUAGUGCAGGGCAAGGAUGAAAGGCAUUCAUUCACGUGCUGAUUGAUUGGCUUGAGGAUAUGUAGUUUGCGUUUAGAAGCAGGCUUUCAGGUGGCCUAUACCCAGAAAUGUAGGAUACCAAAAGAUAUCAGAUAUGACAAGGUCAGCAUCCGACAGAGAAAACUUCAGCUUCGGCAGGCUUUAGAGUUUCCGGGACGUCUUGGCCCGAGCGCAGAGCGAGAGCGGAAUUGGAGCAUUUCACGGAGAGGCAGAGCGAGCAAGCAGUUGAGGGAAAGAGACAGUUGGAUGGUAGGAUGGGUAGGUUGGGAUGGAUGCUUUGGCUUCUGACAGACACCUCCAUAAUGUCUCAGAUCUCGGGGUAGGACAGGCUGCCGAUCCGCGAGUCACCCUGGCACCCUAGUCCUAGCAUAGACAAGGUACAUGCACAGGCCCAUUGCCUCUGCUAGAUUGGGAUGAGAUGGUAAGAUACGGCGUAGCAGCACCCGCUGCUCUGGGUCUGGCAGAUUCGAUGUGCUGUACAUACAUGAAAAAGGCAGAAAAGACGGGUCGACAAGGCAUUUGGUGUGGUGUGUUCCUCCGGGGGUCUCGGCGCACACUCCGAUGGACGUCGGAUGUGAUAUAUGAUAUUUCUGAGCUAACACGAGGCUCAAACGGUAGUGGCUGAGACUGGAGACAGAUGAUGUGAUUGGAGCUCUUAGGUCUGGUCAGAGACAUUUUUUGGGAGUCUGGAUCUAAUAGUAUUAAGAUUUGGAUUGCGGGUGUAACGAAGACACAUGUCAAACGGUUUCUGA